UUACUUCUUCCUGUGAAAAAAAAAAUGUGUGACUCAUCUCACACUCAGUCUUACAUAUAUUGACAGCAACACGCUCGUGCCUCAGGGACUCUAUUCUGAGUCGAUCUCAACUUUGAAAUUAGCGGAGCUCUGAGUCGUUCCGUCUCCUCGUCCCCCCCUUUCUGAUUUAUUCUGUUCACUGUCUGUCUCCCCGAGAUGGAGAGGAUAACCACGGUUCUGGUGCUUCUGAUCAUGAAGGAAGGAACUGGGACUUCUUACCACAAAGUGACUUUUGAAAAUCCAGAUCCUUGUGCGUUGAAGGGAUCGUCGGUGGAGUUCAAAUGCUCAUACAGUUUCAAUGAGGGGGAAACUGUUCUACAGACUCGAUGGUACAAAGGAGACUUUUUGGGGGAAAUCUGGACACGUGUCAUGCUGUCAGAUCUUCCUUCAUAUGACAAUCGCACUGAAUAUCUUGGUGACCGCAAGCACGACUGCAGCAUUGCAAUCCAUGAUGUGCAGGAAAAUGACACUGGACAUUACUACUUCAGGUUUGAUACAGAGAAGAUUGGAUACCGUAGCAAGAAAUCAGUGCAACUGUCUGUCACAGAGCUUAGUGCCAGCGUGUACCCAGACAGAGUGAGAGCGGGAGAAGACGUCAAUCUUGAAUGUAGAACAUCCUGCCAGCAACUUCCCAGCAUAAUGUGGUUCAAAGAUGGAUGCCCCGUAGCCAAACCAGUUUUUCAGGCUCAGGCAGAGGAUUCAGGAAAUUAUUCCUGUGCUAUUGAAGGACAAGAAUCAUAUAAAUCGGACCCUGUGACUCUAAUUGUCCAGUAUGCUCCAUUGAAUGUGUCAAUUAAGAUGAGCCCUCCUGGUCUCAUUGUAGAGGGCAGCAAUGUGAGUCUGACCUGCAGCGACACAGCUAACCUUGCAGCAGGUAACUACACCUGGUACAAAGAUGUUUCCAGCUCCAUGCUCCAGGUGGGCUCAGGACAGGUGCUGUCUCUUCCCUCUGUGAACGUUUCCCACUCUGGACUCUACCUUUGCCGGGUCAGGAACGGUGUGGGGGAAGGCAACUCAAUGGGUGUGCUGCUGACGGUGUAUGAAACAGACAUUCACCAUUUAAUCCUCCGUGUUGGUUUUGGAUUCAAAGUUGUCAUUGUGCUGUUGCUUACAAUGAUAAUUAUCUGGGCUUGUAAAAAGACGCGGGCAUCUCCAGUGGAUAAAGAGGAGCACAGCCAUGUCAACAAUGUCAAUGGGUGAAAAAAUUUCUGGUUAAAGAAACUACAUAAGCUGAAGUGAACAGAUAACGGCAUUACCUGUUAUCAUCCCUGAUUUGUACUUACUCACCUUUGUGUUAAUUGUUGUGGUAACAACUUUAUUCUUUAUUUUAUAGUGUUUCAUGUCAUUAUGCUUUAUUAAUUCCAUUGUUUAUGGUGUGAAUGAAGUGAUGGUGAGGGUUCAAAACUGGUACAGCACAUUGUAACCACAAACAAACCAGGAUAUGCUGCCCCCUUGAGUCUAAAAUACACACCUACAAUAUGUUUGGAAAAUAAUAAACGACUUCAGAGGCUA